CGGCGGUUGGUCAGGGGCGUGUCAGCCGGCACAGAUUGAGCCGAGAUGUCGCCUCGCGGGCAGCAGUGACCCUCCGGAGCCUGGACUGCCAUAUGAGGGGAGGUGGUGAGAAAACAUUUUACAGAUGAGAACAUGGAGUCUCAGAGAGGUUAACUACCUAGUAUAUGCUGGAGCUGGAAUUCAAACCAAAUGUAUCUAGUACUUUCUACUACCACAAUGCUGUCUUUAUGAAAAGCAACAAAGCAACUACAUCAAUAUAGAUGGCCAUGCAGCCUGCAAUUCAAGUAUGGUUUGGAGAAGAUCUGCCGUUAAGUCCAAGGAAUCCUCUGACUCCCAGACAUGGACCAGGAUUGGCUGAUGUUUGUCAAUAUGAUGAGUGGAUAGCUGUGAGGCAUGAAGCUACUCUGUUGCCUAUGCAAGAAGAUCUGUCAAUCUGGUUGUCUGGUUUGUUAGGUAUAGAAGUUAAGGCGGAGAGCUUAUUGGAAGAACUUGAUAAUGGAGUACUGUUGUGCCAACUGAUUGACAUUCUUCAAAACAUGGUGAAAGCAUGUAGCACUGUAGAACCAGAGAAUUUUCCAUUGAGAAAAGUGCCAUGUAAGAAAGAUGCUGCACCAGGUUCAUUCUUUGCCAGAGACAAUACUGCAAACUUCCUUCACUGGUGUAGGCAUAUUGGGGUUGAUGAAACUUACCUCUUUGAAUCUGAAGGUUUAGUUUUGCACAAAGAUCCAAGACAGGUAUAUCUUUGUCUUCUUGAAAUUGGACGGAUUGUGUCAAGAUAUGGAGUGGAGCCACCGGUAUUAGUAAAACUGGAGAAAGAAAUUGAAUUAGAAGAAACCUUGCUUAAUACUUCUGGGCCUGAAGAUUCCAUCAGUAUUCCCAAAUCAUGCUGUCAGCAUGAAGAGCUGCAUGAAGCUGUUAAACAUAUUGCUGAAGACCCUCCCUGUAGUUGUUCUCAUCGAUUUUCAAUUGAGUACUUAUCUGAAGGGCGUUACCGACUAGGGGAUAAAAUACUGUUUAUAAGAAUGCUUCAUGGAAAACAUGUUAUGGUCCGUGUUGGUGGAGGCUGGGAUACUCUUCAAGGAUUUUUGCUUAAAUAUGAUCCCUGUCGAAUAUUACAAUUUGCUACACUAGAGCAAAAAAUUCUAGCAUUUCAAAAAGGAGUUUCUAAUGAAAGCAUACCUGAUUCACCUGCCAGAAUACCUCAGCCUCCUGAAAUGAAUCCUUUGUCAGCAGUUAACAUGUUUCAGAAACAAACUUCAAAACCUAGCACACCAGUUCCCAGGAGCAAGGAGAAGCAGGUGCAUCCACCAGGUGUUCUGCAGCCAGCUUCUUCACGGAAAGGAAGUAAUCUCGGCUCCACGUCAGACCCGUCUAAAUUUCCAAAGUCCCCAGCAGUGUCUUCCCAUCUUAAGUUCAAGUCUUCUAAAGACAAAACAAAAAAGCCACAUACUCCAUCAAACAAUGUCUCAUCUUCACUGGCUUCUUUAAACCCGGUAAGUAAAAACACUUCUUCACCUGCUUUAUCAAGAACUGCACCUUGUGUUUCUGAGUCAUCAUCCUCCAGGACCCCUAAGGCCAAGGUUAUUCCGGCCCACAGAUCAAAAGACCUGCCUGAGUCUCCUCUGUUGCCAAGUAAAUAUUCUGGAAAAACUGAGUUGAAGUAUUUGAAACAGAAUCAUAUUUCUUCAAAGGAUGAAAAAGUAAUUCACUCAGCUGCACAUUUAAGUUCAUCGUCAAAGUAUCCAAAGGUACCUAAAGCAAACAUACACAUAAGGCCUAAACCUUCUCCUUUGCAGUCCCCUGCAAAAAUGACAAAAUCCAGUUCUAAAACCAAAGCCACAGUUCUAGAAACACUGCCUCAGCCAUCUGCUGGAGCCUCUCAUGCAGGGGUAGUCCCUGCACAGAAACUUAAGUCAGCCUUGAAUCUAAAUCAGCCAGUUUCUGUGUCCUCCAUUUCCCCUGCGAGAAAUGCACAGGAAUCAAAAGAUGCUAAAAUUUCAGUUGCCAAAAAGCAGCAUCAGAAUAAAAGUACAUGCCAAAAGCCAGGACCAAGUUCCUCAAAAUCCCCUGGCCGUACUCCAUUGUCAAUCAUGAGUCUUCCCCAGUCUUCUGCAAAAGCACAGAUGAUACCAAAGUCAGCACACAGUGCCACAAAGGGCCAGUAUUCAGCCAAAGGGCCUCCCAAAAGUGACAAGACUCCAACUUCAAGCAGGAAACCACCUUCAUCUGGUAAGGAAGCAGAUAAUGGAGAUAAGAAACCUACUGCAAAGAAAAAGGAAGAUGAUGACCAUUAUUUUGUUAUGACUGGAAGUAAGAAACCUAGAAAAUAAAUAAAUAUAUAUAUAUAUGUUUGUGUGUCAUUUUAAGAAAAUGGGACAGGAGCAGGUCAAUGUGUUAGCUUUGCACAUAAAAAUUUCUCCUGUAUGUAUUUGUCCAAAUAGGUACAGACAUUAAGUACAAUGGAAUGGAUGACUAAGGUUGAGGAUGGGGUCAGAGGCUGGGAUGAGGAGGAGGCUCCUCAGAAUUCAGAGCUCUGAAUUCACCAGAAGCUACUCUUGUAAGGCAUAUUGUUGUAAAAUCACCACAUGGUUCUUAUUGAAAAAUAGACGUGCAUGUGAUUUCAGUCUAUAGCAUCAUUAUCAGUGGCUGUCUUUAAGGGAAAUGUACAAGUCAAAUAACACUACUAGAAUUACAACUACAGCAGGAGUGGGAAACCUUUCUUCUGUGAAGGGCCAUUUGGAUAUUUAUAAUGUCAUGCUUGGUUCAUACAGAAUUAUCAACUUAAAAAAAUUAGCUUGCUCUGGGUUUAUUGAAUUGCGAGUCAAGGCAGGCCAGACCAAAGGACCUGCAGGCCCAUGGACUGGUUGUUCCCUACCCCUGAACUAUAGGGACUAUUUUUAAAAUAGAGUUUUAAAAGAUGGGGUUACAUACUUGCUAAUACAGCAGUGGUGCUCUUAAUAUUAGAUAUUACAUUUUAGUAAAAAAGGAACGGUUUGGCACUUGUCCUACAGAAGGUAUCUAAUUUAACUUCCUGGUCAGCAUUGCCUAGUCCAACAAUGCCAGGUGACAGUGGUGUGCAUGUUAGCUUGGCAUUGCUCUGGGUGAGGUACAGUUCUUAGUACUUACAUGUUUUUAAGCUUUCAAAUCAGAAGGAAGAGAUUAU